AAUAACCUUGUUAUUAUUAUUAUUAUCCAGCUUCUUCUUCUUCUUCUGCUUCUUCAACUCCAAGCACAACUCACAACAACUCAGAACAGUGUUUUUUUUUUUUUUGGUUUUUAGGGUGGGAUCAAUAGUUUUUCUGUGGCUUUAAGUCAGUUUUGAUUGUUGGUUUGGAUUCAAUUGAGGAAAAGAACUUGUGCCUGGGUUUUGAAUUUCCAUGAGGAUCUGUUGCAAGUGAUUACUUUUUUUUUGUGAUUUUUUUUCUUUUGGCCAAAGAGGGUUCUUUGAUUUCGGUUGAUCAUGGUUAGCGGCAACAUUUUUCACUGUAGAAAGAAUUCAUGGCCGCCUGAAGAGUAUAUCAAUAAAGCCACUUUACAGCUGUUUGAUUUUGAUAGUGCUGCACCACCUGAGCAAGCUUGGAGAAGGAGAUUAAACAGCCAUGCCAAUCUUCUUAAAGAAUUUAGUGUCACUUUUAUGGAAGCUAUUAAGAUGGUUCGAUUAGGCAUACGCAUAUGGUCAUACGUAAGGGAAGAGGCUUCUCAUGGAAGGAAAGCCCCUAUUGAUCCUUUCACUCGAGAAAGUUGUAAGCCAUCUGCAACUCAAGGAGUUCCACUUGGAGGGAUGGGGAGUGGCAGCAUAUCAAGGGGAUUUAGAGGCGAGUUCCGACAAUGGCAAAUUAUCCCUGGUUUAUGUGAAGCUUCACCUGUCAUGGCCAACCAGUUUUCUAUUUUUGUUAGUAGAGAUGGAGGAAACAAAAGCUUUGCAUCAGUUUUGGCGCCUGGACAGCAUGAAGGCUUAGGGUCCCACAAGAAAGCUGAUGAUCAGGGUAUAUCAUCAUGGGGGUGGAAUCUUAAUGGCCAGCACUCAACGUACCAUGCUUUAUUUCCAAGAGCUUGGACAGUUUAUGAUGGUGAGCCAGACCCAGAACUUAAAGUGUCUUGCCGGCAGAUAUCACCUUUCAUACCGCAUAAUUAUAGAGAAAGCAGUCUACCAGCUGCUGUUUUUGUUUAUACAUUGGUAAACACUGGUAAGGAGAGAGCUAAAGUCAGCCUUCUAUUUACUUGGGCGAAUUCCAUUGGUGGAAACUCACACUUAACAGGAGGUCAUGUAAAUGAGCCGUUUAUAGCUGAAGAUGGAGUCUCCGGAGUACUUCUACAUCACAAGACAGGAAAAGGUAACCCUCCUGUAACCUUUGCAAUAGCCGCAUGUGAGACACAGAAUGUUAGUGUUUCUGUUUUACCGAAGUUUGGGCUCUCUGAAAAAAGUAGCACAACAGCAAAAGGCAUGUGGUGUAAAAUGGUGCAGGAUGGACAAUUUGACCGGGAGAAUUUCUCUUCUGGAGCUAGUAUGCCCUCAUCACCUGGAGAGACUCUAUGUGCUGCUGUUUCAGCUUCAACGUGGGUGGAACCCCAUGGAAAAUGCACUGUGGCAUUUAGUCUUGCAUGGUCAUCUCCAAAAGUAAAGUUCUCAAAAGGCAGCACUUUUCAUAGGAGAUACACAAAAUUUUAUGGGACUUCUGAGAGAGCUGCAAAGGACUUGGCCCAUGAUGCAUUAACUCAAUACAAACGAUGGGAAGAAGACAUUGAGAAAUGGCAAAAUCCUAUUCUUCAGGAUGAGUCAUUACCAGAAUGGUACAAGUUCACAUUGUUUAAUGAACUCUACUUUCUUGUUGCUGGAGGAACAAUUUGGAUUGACUCGCCUUUGCCAUCUUCAAAUAUGAGGAAUAAAAGCCGGGAUCAGGUAAAAGAAUUGGAAAAUACAGAAGUCAAAGUGACCGAAGCCAAAGUGAGUCGUAGACAAGGUGCAGAUGCUGGGCGUACAACAGAUAGCACCUAUGAUGUUGAGUAUACAACAGAUAGUGCCAGUGACGUUGAUUGCAUGGUAGAUGGUGUGGAUGAAAAACAUCGUGGUGAUCUCUCCCAAGAAAGUGAUGCUAGUGUUACUCUGGCAAUGAUGGACCAGCAAUAUGACAGAGAUGAUGUUGGAAGGUUUCUGUACUUGGAAGGUGUUGAAUAUAUCAUGUGGUGCACAUAUGAUGUGCACUUCUAUGCUUCUUUUGCCCUUCUUGAGCUCUUUCCAAGGAUUGAAUUAAAUAUACAGCGUGACUUCGCUAAAGCUGUAUUGUGUGAAGAUGGAAGAAAAGUGAAGUUUCUGGCAGAGGGCAACUGCGGAAUUCGUAAGGUUAGAGGGGCUGUGCCUCAUGAUCUUGGGACACACGAUCCAUGGCGUGAAAUGAAUGCUUAUAACAUUCAUGAUACUAGCAAGUGGAAGGACCUGAACCCCAAAUUUGUACUUCAGGUGUAUCGAGAUUUUGCUGCAACAGGGGACAUGUCCUUUGGAGUUGAUGUGUGGCCUGCUGUACGAGCUGCAAUGGAGUAUAUGGAACAAUUUGAUAGAGAUGGCGACGGUCUUAUUGAGAAUGAUGGGUUCCCUGAUCAAACAUAUGAUACAUGGACAGUGCAUGGUGUGAGUGCUUAUUGUGGUUGCCUUUGGCUUGCUGCCCUUCAAGCCGCAGCUGCAAUGGCCCUUCAACUAGGUGACAGAGAUUUUGCAGAAACAUGCAAAAGGAAGUUUUUGAAGGCUAAACCAGCGUUUGAACAGAAAUUGUGGAAUGGUUCUUAUUUUAACUAUGACAGUGGAUCAAGUAGUAACAGUAAAUCAAUUCAAGCUGAUCAAUUGGCUGGGCAAUGGUAUACAGCAUCAUCGGGGCUUCCUCCACUUUUUGAUGAGUCCAAGAUCAAAAGUGCUCUCCGGAAGGUGUAUGAUUUCAAUGUAAUGAAAGUUAAAGGAGGCAAGAUGGGGGCCGUGAAUGGCAUGCAUCCCAAUGGCAAGGUGGAUGAGACCUGCAUGCAGUCUCGCGAAAUUUGGACAGGUGUGACCUACGGUGUUGCUUCUACGAUGAUCCUUGCAGGAAUGGAAGAGGAGGCAUUUGCAACUGCCGAGGGUAUAUUUCAAGCAGGCUGGUCAGAAGACGGAUAUGGGUACUGGUUUCAGACACCAGAGGCAUGGACAAUGGAUGGACACUACAGGUCUCUCAUCUACAUGAGGCCACUUUCAAUUUGGGGUAUGCAAUAUGCAUUAACAUUGCCCAAGGCAAUUCUUGAUGCCCCUAAAAUUAACAUCAUGGACAGAAUCCACCUAUCUCCUCUUAAUGGAGGAUUCCCCCAUAAUGAAACAGGUGUAAGGAAAAUUGCAAAUAAAGCAAAAUGCUUUGGAAAUUCUGUGUUUCAUUGUGCGUGCUGAUGACUGUUAUUAAUAUUGCCAAAAAGCACAAUUUUUGUAUAGGUUUUAAAAAAAACCCUUAUCACAUUGUUCCUUACCCCCCAACCUUCUACAAAAGAUGUUAAGUAAUGGUGAAGCGUCUUUUAGGGUUGGGGUUAGUGUCUUGGAAGAAGAAAUAAGAACAUUUUACUUGUAAUCUUAUAGCAUGUUAGUUUUGACUUUUGAACAAUGUAGGUCACUUUUGCAUAAUUGCAUGUAACAUGAACAUUCUUAUUUAUUUUCCCAAGAUAUAAUCUGACUUUACCACAA